AAAAACUCGUUUUGCCGUGCGGCCCCAUUGCAGGGCGUGCCUCUAUAGCGUCGGCGGCGCGCGUGGCUGGCCCGCCAGGCCCCAUCGACCGGGCAGCGCUGCCCCGGGCAGCCCUCGCGCGCCUCCAGCCCGGCGCUGCUCCCCAACCACUUUCACUGAUGUUCUCGAGCAAGAAGAAGCGCCCGAAACGGCGGGACCCGCCGGACGCCGCGCUCCUAUCUUCAUUGAGUGUUUUAUAUGCUUUUAUCGACGAGCACAAAGUGCCUUGGUUGUAUCGCGACUGCGCGGACGACAGAUGUAAAAAUAAAAUUCUUAAGGCCCUAGCUAAAAACACGCUAGCCAAGGACCUCGAAGAGCGAAAGGUCGUCCUCGAGGCCAAGGCCUGUGCCAUGGCCGUCGUCGAGUGCUUGCGGAGUCGGGCGCCCCUCACGUCGUAUGGACUUUACGACUCGUUUCUCGAAGCGAAGACACCAUCAAAUAUCCAGUCCUUGAUCUUCGAUAAAUUAGAUAAAACAGCACAAAGGGGUCUGGGCGACUUGUGUGCGCACCUGUCGAAGGUCUGGGAUCGCACGGGUACGACCGGACUCACACUGCAGCAAUUGGCGCACGUGCUCGCACCCGUACUCUUAAGGAGAGACGAGCAGAAACCGGAGCGGACCGAAGCCAUUAAAAGACAGAAGUGCGCGGCGCAGCUGUUGACACUACCGUGGGCGUCGCCCAAAAAACGGGACAUUGUCACCCGGGCGCGGGGCCACUGGUCGACGGUGAAAGCUGCUAGAAGAGCCGCGUCUAAUUCCAACCCCGUCGCGCGACGGUCCCUCAAGGUGACGUGGAAGAAGGGCCAGGGGCCUUCUACCGAUGCUCUACUCGCGAGUGCGUUCGCGCAAUUUGGACGGGUGUCCCGAGCUGGUAGAAGCGCCCGCAACUCCGGCGUCGUCAUGUUUGAUGAUAGUCAAAAUCGAGAUGCCGCUUUCAAGGGAUACGAGGGGCCCUGGACUUUACGGAAAGCCGACAGCCCCAAACCACAGAAGAGGCCGCCGCCGUCUCCCAUCAAGGAAGAGGUGCUACCGGCGUCGCCGGCGGCCGCGGAGUUAAAUGCGAGGGCGAAGCAGGCGCCUGUCCAGUGGCCGGCGCCGCGGCGGUUCUCUGAUGACGACAUCGUGCCCGCUCCGGCGCCGGCGCCCGCCGCGGCCGCGGCGGCGCGGUCCGCCGUCGCGGCCAUCGCGGCGGCCGCGGCGGCCGCGCCGGCGCCGAGCGCGCCGCCGGCGGAACCGGACGCGCCGCCGUCCCGCGCCGAGGCGCCGGCCGCGCGCGCGACGAAGGCGGCGGCGCGCGCGGCGCGGGCCCUGGACGCGACGGCGCCCGCGAAGGCGCCGGCCGCCGCGCCGGCCCCGGCAAAGGCGCGGGUCCCGCCCAUCGGAGGCGCGGAAGCCGCCGCGCCGGCGCCGGCCGCGCCGCCGGCCCCCGCGCCCGCGAAGGCGCCGGCCGCGGCGCCCCCGCAGCAGGCGGCCGUCGACCGCGCGGUCCGGGCCCCGGUCGAGCCGCCGGAGCCAGCGCCGGCCACGCCCGCGAAACCGCCACCCCAGCUCCCGCCGCGGUCGCGCGCGCACAUGACGCCGCGCACCGUCGACCGCAAAAAACAAAGCGCGAAAGCCGACGUGGAAGCGAGGACCCUGAAGGUCUCGUGGCCCGACUUCGCGCCGCGACCGAGUGAUGAUGAUCUGAAAAGAACCUUCUCCGAGUUCGGUAAUGUCGUGCACUGCGGCGUCGGCACCAAAAAAAAGUCGGGGUUGGUUGUGUUCGGCAAGGCGGAGGAUUGCGCCGCGGCGGCGCGGGGCUACCGGGGCCCGAUGGUCGUCCAGCGCCUCGGCGACGUAGAUCCUGCAAAGACGACGCCGCCGCGCUCUCAAUCGCCGCGUCCCACGACGCCCGCUCAUAGUUAUGACCCGGCGCGCUUGCUAAAAGUGUCGUGGCCGAAGGAUAGCGAGCGGCCGACGGAGCGGGAGCUGCGCGCCUCGUUCGAGGCCAUCGCGCCGGUGACGAACGUCGGCCUGGGCGGCGGAAACGCUGCCUUAGUAGUCUUCGCGGACGCCGACGGCAUGAACAAGGCCGGAUCAAGCUACGACGGGCCCUGGCGCGUGGCGCCGGCGCGGAGCGCGUCGCCGCGGCCGCCUAUGAUGAAACCGAUGGGCCGCGAGGUCGCCGUGGCGCAAAGCGCGCCCGCAAAAGGGCCCGGGCGCGCGCCGCCGCCCAUGCAACCACCGAUGGGCCGCGAGGUCGCCGUCCACAACAGCGCGCCCGCCGCGGACGACGCGGCGAAGGCGGCGAAGCACCGGCGCCGCGCGGCGAAGGCGCGCGCGGCGGCCGACGCGGGACCGCCGCCGCGCGCCGACGCCGAGGCGGAGCGCGCGCGCGCCCUGCACGAUAAACUAGAACGCCAGGCCCGCUCGGACGAGGCGGCGCGGCUCGCCGCGCCGCCGCCGCGCCCCAGCCCGGUCUACGAGCGCGUGGCCUCGAAGCUCAGCGCGACGCGCCGCGACCAGGACGCCGCCCUCGAGAAAGAGGCCGCCAUGUGGCGCGAGCGCGCGCUGCGGGCCGAGGCCGCGAUGUCGAAGCCGCCGCCGGAGUCGCCGGCCGUCGCGACGAUGUUCCAACAGCACGCGGCGAGUCUUCGCGAGGAAGUCAAGGCCACGAUCGAGGCGGCUCUUAAAGAGGACCGGCCCGCGGCCACACCUAUCAAAGACGACCGGCCCCCGCCCCUCGAGGCGGCACCGCCGUCGCCGCCGUCGCCGCCGUCGCUCGAAGGGGCCGACGACGCGCCGCCCGCGCCCCUGUCGCCCUGGCGCCAGGCCGCGCAAGAGGCGCGGGAGGACCUCGCGGUCUCUACGGAGAAGACCUCCGAGGCCGACGACGCCUUCGCGAAACUAAUGGCGAAGCAGCACGCGCUGGCCGCGAAGCUCGAGGGCGACCUGGAGCGCAUCCGGGAGGGCAUGGACGAGUUCACGCCCCCGUCGACGGCGCGGGCCCUCGUGCCCCAGACGUUCGACCUUCUUCCGGCGCGGCCGCCGCCGCCUAUAUACGGCUACGCGCGCCCUUCGUCCAUACGCCACCUCGAGCCGGCCUUCCGGCCGACGAACCCGGCCCUGCGGGAGUGGUGGGCGGGCGUGACGCGAAGUUCGAGGGCCUACUAA